CCCGUACAGAAUCUAUUCAGCCACUCUCACUCUUUCUUUACUCUUCUUCUUCUUCUUAAAAGAAACCCAGUUCUCUCUCCCUUUGUCGCCCUUUCCUUCUAUUUUCCCACUUUAUUUCUCAUUUUCCCCUUACGAUGCCAAUCAACAAGGACCCAUCUACUCCCCCUCCUAUGAUCGGGAAAAUCGGGCCCUACACUGUCUUCGUGACCCCUCCCUCCACCCCUAAACCGGCGGGGCCUGUUUUUGAUUCCCCUAAAAAGGUGGUUUCACCGCCUCCCGUCCUGCCGCCGCCCCAGCAAAUCGAUAAGUCUGUUUCUGCUCAGCCUUUGUCUGAUGUGUCCGUUUCUGGGUUCUUCAGAAGUGCUUUCGACAAAGUGCAAAAUGCACAUUCAAGUUUGGAUGAGUAUUUGGCACGUUGGUUUGGGUUAAAUCAGUCCAAGUAUCAGUGGGCGUUGGAUGAUUAUUAUGAGAGCAAGGAAUUGGGAAAAGAUAAUGCAAAACCAAAAGAAAUUUCAAACCAAGUACAGAGCGUGUAGGAUUGGGCUGUUUUUAAAUUGGGCAGAAAACGUUGAAUCACCUGGUAUACCAUAUCUACAUACCUAAUAUAUGCAAUAUCAAAAGUUGAUCUUCUUGAUUCUUAAAGGAAACUGUCGUCUGGGUUCCUAGAGAUCAGCCAGUUUGCAAUUUGCUGUAUAUUGCAGCGGUUAACCAAGUCUGGCUUCGUUUUAGGCUGUGAGUAAUGUAAUCUCUUUAAAAGUCAAUUUUCAGUGCAAGCUUUUUUGUUCAUGGACUCCAUGAGUUGCAAUCUAAUUAGAGUACCUCCAAGUUGUGGAGAUGUAUUAUUGUUGCAUCUGUACUUCUACCUGACUAAAGCAUUUACUAGCAACGAUUAUGUUGCGGCCGUGAUUUUCUUUCAA